AUGUCUGGGAACAAUUAUAAAUUGCGCUUACAAAUCUUAGAACUGGAAGUCAGAUCGUUUGUAGAAAUCAGAGUGUUGGGCGUCUUUCUCGCAGUAAGACUGGGGACAUUUCUUCAAAUCACUCUGGUUGCGUACGUCAAGCCAGGGCUUGGGAUGCAUGUCGGGCAAACACGCCUCGACCACGCCCUAACACGGCAUACUCUUCUGCCAUCGGUCAAGGCUUUGCCUACGCGGAAAGACAUUGUCCGGGACAUUCAGAAGAAUGCCGACAAGCAGGGCAUGUUCCAUAAUCAAUCUCUUAUACCGCCAACAUCCAUCUCUAUCGAUAUCUGUGAAGCACUCAUCCUGGUUUGGUACAAGGCCUUACCGGAGCUUUACACCUGCCUUAAGGACCUACAGACCGCGCUCCGUGCCUUUAUUGCGGCCGCCUAUUCAGGAGAACUGAAGGAAGGGGUCCUACAAGCACUCGACAUGUAUGGUACCACACAGGCAGCAGCGUAUACAGCCCGUAUGAUCACUGCGCGCGGACGUCCUCCUGCGCCCUCUCCAGGUCGCCUCAGCGACUCAGGAUACCAGAGCGAGACUGGAUACACCAGCAGUCAGCAGCCACACCGCGACUCCCGCUCAUACAGGGGAGAGGGGACGCUCCUUCGACUGCCACCGCUCUCCGUCACAUAG